AUGUCUGGUUCGACACCAUUCACGGCUCGUUCGCCAACGCAGUCAAACCAGUAUCCACCAUACUCACCAACUCACCCAAACCGUCCAUUCUUUGGCCAUGAACCUUUUCAAAUACCUCCCCCACAACACCUGAUGCAAACUCCUCCACCAUUUCAACCUGCGUCUCUUGCCCAAAGCCCGCAUCAUAAUCGUCCACCAGCAUUAGCAUCACCCUUGCCUGCGCCGAAUGGACUCCCUCCUCCGCCUGUCCCAGUCGGCAACGGGCCUCCUCAGUAUCCGCAAGGCUUGACUUCAAGCCCUCCAUAUCCCCUUCAGAGAACAUACUCCGGGCACCUUAUACCUCCGCCUCCCGGUAUGGCGUCACAGUAUGAUGCACCUUCACACGGUCACCCUGCUGGCCCAGCUUUGCAGCCAUCACCCUUGCGAGAACCUCAGCACCUGAGCAAUGGUAGACCUGCUGAGACUUACGUCGCUGAAUCGCGUCCUCAGUCAAAAGACAAGCCCGAUCGAGCUAGCAAUCCGAUGUCUUUUGCGAGCAUCUUGGGCCCCUCGAACAACGAACCAUCCCCGAAGCCUGUUGAGACGAAACCUCCACGGCUAUCAACGCCACCGCCGAUGCCCGCCACACCCACAAUAGUCACUCCCGAGAAGGUCGUCAAACAGCAAGAGGUCGAACCACACAAGUUACUUACAAAUGGCGAGGUGAAAGAGAAAAGAAAGCUAGACACGCUGCCGGUGGCCAAAAAACACGUUGCGCCUUCCAAGCCACGAACAGCUUUGACCGAGAUCGAAGCUGACAAAAUCUUGAAAGCAAUGAACAUGAUUGACGAAGGACCACAGAGCGACGCAGAUGAAGAGGGAUUUUACGAGCUCAAGGAGCGCUAUAAGCAGCGAGGCAAGAAAAGAGCGGCAGAAAUUGAGGAGGCAGAGUUGCGAAAGCGCAAGCGCCGGCGAGACUAUCUCCUCGACUCAUUCAUCAAAACCUUCGAAUCCCAUGCUAUCGAAGCCGCUCAGCGUUUCCGUGCGGAGGUUGAACCACUCGCCGCGAAAGAGAUCGCAGACAAAGACAUUGCUACCGAGAAGGAGCGCAAGAAGGAUAUGCAAAGAAAGCGUCGUCGCGAGCAACAGAUCCGAAACGAGAGAGAGAAACUCGAGGAACUCGAAGAACGCGCCAGAAAUGCCGAAGACCAGGAAGAAGCGCAGAAAUACCUCAAACAAGCUGAGAAAUCGCAGGCUCGAAUUCGACAGACUGCUGAACUUCUCGAAGGUGGUCCUCCGGCGGAAGAUCUUGAAGUCUCGGCACCCGCUCCUAAUUACGAAGGUGGUGUCACAUCUUCCUUCCAAAUCGGUUCUCCGGAACCUAGUGAAGCUCCUCCCAAGAAGAGAGCCAAGAAAGAGCCUGGGGCACCCUCUGCACGUCUGAAGAAGUCAAAGGAGAAGAAACAGGCGGAGAAGGAUGCUGCAGAAGCUGCAUAUCUUGCAAUGCAGCAAGAUCCCGACAAGGAAGCGACCACUGCUCCCAAGGAAGAUACUCCUGAAAAGGAAAGAGAGGAAGAAGAGGCGGCGGCCGCCGCCGCUGCCGCCGCUGCCGCACAGCAAGGUAUUAAUUACGACUCCAAAGGUUACAACCAAAUCUACGAGCAAAUAUGGCGUGACCUUGCCAGGAAAGACAUCCCCAAAGUUUACCGUAUCAAGCAGGUAUCGCUUAGUACCAAGCAAGAGAACAUGCGCAAGACAGCCAUUCUGGCGAGUAAACAGGCGCGUAAAUGGCAAGAGCGUACCAACAAGAGCAUGAAGGAUACUCAAGCCCGAGCCAAACGUGUCAUGCGGGAGAUGAUGUCCUUCUGGAAACGUAAUGAACGAGAAGAGCGCGAUCUUCGACGGAUGGCCGAGCGAAAGGAGAUUGAAGAUGCGAAGAAGGCCGAAGCAGACCGCGAAGCGAAUCGACAGAAGCGGAAGCUCAACUUUCUCAUCUCGCAGACUGAAAUCUACUCACAUUUCAUUUCGCGCAAGAUCAAGACGGACGAGAUCGAAUCGUCUACCAACGAUCCUAGUAUAUCCGGCUCCGGGGAGAAAGCGGGUACCUCUGAUGCGAAGGAGAACCGCACCAUGGAUGAUAUGACCCUGUCACAUGAACAUGGAAACCACAAGAUGACCAAUUUCGAAGACCUCGAUUUCGACGCCGAGGACGACUCAGAUCUGAAGAGAGCUGCAAUGGCAAAUGCUGCCAGUGCUCUACAAGAUGCCCAAGAUAAAGCUCGUAACUUCAAUGGAGACGACCCCAUGUCUGCUUUUGACUCCAGCGACAUGAACUUCACGAACCCUACCAUGGCAGGAGACGUCCAAGUCUCUCAACCGAAAAUGCUUCAGGCUCAGCUGAAAGAAUACCAGUUGAAGGGUCUGAACUGGCUGGUCAACCUUUACGAGCAGGGUAUCAAUGGCAUUCUGGCCGACGAAAUGGGUCUCGGCAAGACUGUACAGUCUAUUUCGGUCAUGGGCUACUUGGCAGAGCAACACAAUGUCUGGGGCCCUUUCCUCGUCAUUGCCCCUGCGUCGACUUUGCACAAUUGGCAACAGGAAAUCACACGGUUCGUACCGGCCAUCAAGGUCCUCCCCUACUGGGGAAACGCUAAGGAUCGAAAGGUUCUGCGCAAGUUCUGGGAUCGGAAACAUGUUACCUACACCAAAGACUCCGAAUUUCAUGUUCUGGUGACGUCGUACCAGCUCGUGGUUCAAGACGCUCAGUAUUUCCAAAAGAUCCGAUGGCAGUACAUGAUUCUCGACGAGGCCCAGGCGAUCAAGUCGUCCAGCAGUUCGCGAUGGAAGACGUUGCUUGCAUUCCAGUGUCGAAACCGUCUGUUGCUAACCGGUACUCCCAUCCAAAACAACAUGCAGGAAUUGUGGGCGCUGCUCCAUUUCAUCAUGCCAACCCUUUUCGAUUCUCAUGAUGAAUUCAGCGACUGGUUUUCUAAAGACAUAGAAAGCCACGCACAGAGUAACACCAAACUCAACCAAGAUCAGCUGAAGCGGCUGCAUAUGAUUCUCAAACCAUUCAUGUUGCGUCGUGUCAAGGCUCACGUACAGAAGGAACUCGGUGACAAGGUCGAGAAGGAUGUCUUUUGUGAUCUCACUUAUAGACAACGCGCAUACUACGCCAAUCUCCGCAGCAAGAUCAGUAUCAUGGAUCUCAUUGAGAAAGCAACACUAGGCGACGAUCAAGAUACUGCCACUUUGAUGAACCUGGUGAUGCAGUUCAGGAAAGUCUGUAAUCAUCCUGAUCUCUUUGAACGAGCGGAUACGACCUCUCCGUACUCGAUGUCCACCUUUGCCGAGACUGCUUCCUUUCUCCGGGAAGGCUCCUUUGUCCAGCUCGCGUACUCUGUACGAAAUCCGAUCCAGUACGAUCUGCCACGCGUGCUUUGCAAUGAUGUCGGCAGACUAGACAUUGCAGGACCCAACAACGCUCGCGCUGGCUUCUGCAGAGCGGGUUUCAAGAGUGACGGCAUUGGUGGUCUAAUGAGAAUAUGGAGUCCAGAGUAUAUGAACAAGUCGGCAGAAAAUGACGGGGCUUUCUCGUUCCUCCGCUUCGUGGAUACGUCUCCCGCUGAGGCCGUCCACGCGGCUGAUCACGGUGUUCUUGAGCGUGCUAUCAAGCUUGUGAAGAAGCCCAAGCGUGCCCUUCCCAUCUUUGAUGACCAAGAAGCACAGCCACCUGCACAUGCCAUGUUCAAUAUCGUGGAAAACAGUCCUCGACAGCCGCUUGCAGAGCUUGACCCGAACUCAAACCUCGCACAGCUCUGCAACAUCUCAAGACGGUCACUGGAAGACGACGGCUACUCUGUUUUGGAGCCUGCUGCAACACCGGCAGCAUUGGCUCCACCUAUUGAGGUCAGCGCUUUCGAUCAGUCUUCCCUCACUGAACGACAGUUGACCAUGUUCAAUAUGGGUGUGAGAAGCACUUUGUAUCCGUUGGAAGAGAACAUUGAGGUGAAGUUGCUGGAGCAAGAUGUGGCUCCUGAGAACUUCCCGCUGUCGGAUUUGAUGCCAAAGCCACAAUCACAGAAGGCCCGAUACACACACAUCUCGAUUCCGUCAAUGCGCAGAUUCGUCACGGACUCUGGCAAGCUCGCCAAGCUGGAUUCGCUCCUUCGUGAGCUCAAAAAUGGUGGUCAUCGGGUCCUGCUUUACUUCCAGAUGACUCGCAUGAUUGAUUUGAUGGAAGAAUACCUCACCUACCGGAACUACAAAUUUGUCCGGCUGGACGGUAGCACGAAAUUGGAAGACCGUCGUGACACGGUGCAUGAUUUCCAGACCAGACCUGAGAUCUUCAUCUUCCUCCUGUCUACCCGUGCCGGUGGCUUGGGCAUCAACUUGACCUCUGCCGAUACCGUCAUCUUCUACGAUUCUGACUGGAAUCCAACUAUUGAUUCACAAGCCAUGGAUCGAGCCCACAGAUUGGGUCAAACCAAGCAAGUGACGGUGUAUCGUCUCAUCACGCGUGGUACGAUCGAAGAGCGUAUUCGGAAACGUGCCAUGCAGAAAGAGGAAGUGCAGCGCGUGGUCAUCACUGGCGGUGAUGGUGCAGGCGUUGAUUUCAACACUCGCGAUCGCCGUGAGAACAGGACCAAGGAUAUUGCCAUGUGGCUCGCCGACGACGACCAGGCUGCUCUUAUCGAACAAAAGGAGAAAGAAAAUGCGGAGAAGCCAGAAGAGGAUACCAAGAAGAAGAGCAAGAAGGCGCAAGCCGCCGCUGCCGCCCGGAAGCGCAAGGCUGAGAUGAGUCUCGACGAUAUGUACCACGAAGGCGAAGGACAUUUUGACGACGCUUCAGCCAAACCCUCAGGAGCGGCUACACCGGUCAGCAGUGCUGAGACUCCUGGACCCAAGAAGGGUUUGGGAUCUCGAGGCGGUAAAGGAAUCAGCAAAAAGGCGAAGACGGCCAAACAGCGUCUCGCGAUUAUUGACGCCGAAGGUGAUUUGGGAAUGGGCGGCGGUAUGUGA